UGUUAGUCUACGUGUUACCACGUGUUUCGUAUAUCAUUUGUCCUCUAUCAACUAGAUAAAUAGUUUUAACGAUACUGUUUUGUAAUUAUUGCUACAGUAAGACGCAUAAAGCGCAUAACAAAACCAGACUAUUAACUCAUCUGCACUAGAAAACUGCUUUAUUAGGAGGUAACACAUUAGUAUCAAUAGUUCGUAGCCACGUGUAUAUCUGGCGAUGGCACUAUGCAUGAAAUUUCGAUGGGUCGAUGCUUUCCGAAACUAAGUUGGUGCUAUUGAAAACUGUCUCUACUGGUUCUAUGUUAAUAUAAGUUCGUGGUGAAUAAUUUUUGGUGGUACACGUGAACUUAUUUUAUUGCUGUUUCAGUAUUUGUUCUCAAUACAUGGCUGGUACACGACUCUAUGCUACAUUACUGAUAUGUCAUGCUAUGGGUUUGGGCUAUGACGGUCGACCUCGAAGACAUGAAAAUUGGCGGGAGAAAGCUUUCGAAGCUGGUCGAGAAUGUUGUAAUCCCCUUCGUCAUCACAAGAAACAUGUCCAAGAAUUCAGCUGUGGUGAGCUGUACUACGAAACAUUCUACCUGGAUCCAAAAAGAGAAAUACUCUAUGUUGGAGCUAUGGAUCGGGUUUUCCAACUUAGUCUGUACAACAUUAACCGUACGAGAUGCGAGGCUGACUCCUUAACCUUUCCACCAUCAAGUGUUUCACAUUGUGUCUCGAAAGGCAAAUCUGAACACUAUGACUGUAGAAAUCACAUCAGAGUUAUACAACCAGUAGGAGAAGGAGAUAAGUUAUAUGUGUGUGGAACAAAUGCUCACAACCCUAAGGACUGGAUUAUUCAUGCUAAUCUGUCACAUCUAGGACAACAUGAAAAGUAUCCUGGUAUUGGAAGUGGAAUUGCCAAAUGCCCAUUUGAUCCAGAGGAUAAUUCAACUGCUGUGUGGGUUGAGCAUGGGAAUCCAGGAGAACUCCCUGGGUUGUAUAGUGGCACUGUGGCAGAGUUCACCAAGGCUGACACUGUAAUAUUUCGUACAGAUCUGUAUGAUCCUUCAACAGGACGAAGAGUUUAUCCAUUCAGCCGAACUAUCAAAUAUGAUUCAAAGUGGCUGGACAAGCCUCAGUUUGUUGGUUCUUACGACAUUGGAAACUACGUCUUUUUCUUCUUUCGAGAAAGUGCUGUAGAAUACAUCAACUGUGGGAAGAAUAUCUACACCCGUGUUGCUAGAGUCUGUAAGAGAGAUACAGGGGGAAAGAAUAUUUUAAACAAGAACUGGGCAUCUUUUGUGAAAGCUCGCUUGAACUGUUCAAUUCCUGGAGAGUUUCCAUUUUAUUUCAAUGAAAU